AACAGGUCAAAUGAAGCUUGGUUGAAGUCUAUGUCAUUGUUGCUAAUCCGAACAUAGUUAGAUCAUAAUGGCCUUGCAAGACGCAGAUGCAACAAGUUCCUCGCAAUUUACGCUUGGGUGUGAACAUUAUCGACGGAAAUGUAAACUAGUCAGCCCAUGCUGCAAACAAAACUAUAUUUGUCGCUUUUGCCAUGAUGAAAGUGAGAAUCAUCCUCUGGACCGGCCAAAAAUUACAGAAGUGGAAUGUCUUGUUUGCAAGCAGACACAGCCGUUCUCACAGACUUGUGGAAAUUGCGGCAUCAUAUUUGGGAAUUAUUUCUGUGAAAAGUGCAAGUUAUUUGGUGAUGAGGACUUAGGGAUGUACCAUUGUGAUGGUUGUGGCCUGUGUCGAGUUGGUGGCAGGGAUAAGUUUUUCCACUGUGAUACCUGUGAGCUUUGUCUUCCCACGAACAUAAAAAGCUCUCAUAAGUGCAUUGUCAAGAUGGGAAAGGCAAACUGUCCUGUCUGUCUUGAGGACAUCCAUACUUCCAGAAAUGUGUCGCACAUUCCUCCAUGCAGUCACCUCAUUCAUCGGCCUUGCUUCGAUGACCUCAUUUCAGCUGGAUUCUAUGCCUGUCCAGUCUGUGGUGCUUCUAUGUUCAAGAUGGAUGAGGUAUGGGAAUCACUAGAUGCUGAAAUCAGAGACACACCUAUGCCUGGCGAGUACUCUGAUCUUUACUGCAAUGUGCUGUGUCGAGACUGUAAUAAGAACAGUCUUGUAUUGAUACAAGUCCCCAGCCAGCCUUGCAACAUGAGUCUCUAUAUUCUCCAGUCUUCCUUGAAGGAGUAUUGAAAAAUUAUGUUUUCAUUGCCUCUGUGCUUAUGUCACAGAUCCACAGCUUUUAUCUGAAUACUAGCUGUGCAUGUGAGGACUAUACAUAUGCAGCCACUUAAAGUGCUCACCCAUAUGACAGUAAUGCCCAUCACAUCUGACACUGUGUGCCCACCUGACUUUAGGUUAGCCAUUAUCUGCAUGAAUUUGGAGUAGAGCUUCAAGGCUCAGUAAGUAGAUUAGGGGUCAUUUGCAUGAAGAUUGUCAGUGAGUUCCCCAUUGUAUCUCUUUAUCCCUCCUGAGAAGUCCUUUCUUCCUUCAUAACAGUCUUGUAUUGAUACAAGUCCCCAGCCAGCCUUGCAACAUGAGUCUCUAUAUUCUCCAGUCUUCCUUGAAGCAACUCCACUUUUACACUUCUGGUGCUCUCCAAGAUAUUUUUCUGCAGCUUUGACUUCCACAUUUAAAGGCAUCCAAUAGCUAUACAAAGUCCUUAAGCAUAUCAGUCACUUCAGAUACACACACACACACACACACACACACACACACACACACACACACACACACACACACACACACACACACACACACACACACACACACACACACACACACACACACACACACACACACCCAUAUGACGGCAGCAGCAGAGCUGACACGAUGUGUUUUCUAGUGCUCUGCAUAUAGAAGGACCAAGUAACACAAAUCACUCAUGGUGUAACAAAUAUUAUGAAGACCUUGGAAUACCUAGGCGGUAAAUAGGAAGAAGAGAAACAGCAGCUUCAGUAUAGUUAUCCUGUCUCUAGGAAAGUUUGGUUUGGUUUGUUUACAUUUUGGACAAGGAUGGCAGAAGGCAGCACCCCAAGAGGUUCAUUUGAAGGUUUUAUUGGAGAAGAAAGAGAACUAUAGACUGCAGUGUAGAAAAAUUUUGCAUAUGGAAGAAAUGAUGGACAAGUUAUUAGGGAGAAUAAAGACAUUGGAAGCACACCAGAAGGAGACUGGUAAAGAGUUGGUGACUAUUACAGCAAAGUUGAUUGAGAUGGAAGAUAAAAAUGAGAAGUUAAAGGUAGAAAGUGACUGUUUAAAGAAUCAAAUAAAAGAAAAAGUAGAAACUGUUCAGAAAGGAAAUGAGGAAAUGAAGUGUACAGGAUGUGGAUAUGAGACAAAAUAGUGGUUAAAUGAAUGUAAAAUUGAAGAAGAAUCGCUAAAGAAAAUAAUAGAACAACAAGAAAAUGAGAAACAAAACCUGAGACAAAGUGGUAAAUGUUAUUAAAGAAGAGAAAAAAUUAGUGAGAGACACUGUAGAAAAAUAUAAACAAGUAAUUGUAUUUGGUUUAAAGGAAGAGAAAAUAGUAAACAGAAUUCAAGGAGAGGAAAAUAAAAGAACCUGUUGAAUAAGUUACUGAAGAAAGUGAUGGAUGAAGACAGCCAGCUAGUAAAGCAAGUGGAAAAGUUCCAUAGAAUUGUGAAAUAUGAAGAAGAAAAAAUGAGACUUAUAAGGUUUACAAUACAGGUACAAGCAGAAGAAGUAAUUAAUGAGUCUUGGAGGUUGUCUGGAGAUGAAGAAUAUAAGAAUGUAUGGAUAAACAGGGAUAUGGAUGAGAUUGAAAGUUUGAGCCAAAAGGAGCAGGUAAAUGAGGCUAAACAAAAAAACAAACAAUGAACGGAGAAGUUUUCUGGAGAGUAAGAGAUAUGAGAAUAAAGAAAUGGUACAUCAAACAGUAAGUAGGGUACAUUAUACCAAUGUAAAAUUAAUAAUGUCGACUAAAAUGGAAUUAAAUGAAUUGUUAAUCAGAACCACACUGGAUGUUGUUGUAUUACAUGAGACAAAAUUGAAAAAUGAAUGGGGAAUUCCUGACAUUGGUGAUGAUAAAUAUGAUUUAUAGAUGAAAAGUAGAAGUAACGAGGGAGGAGGGGGAGUGAUCAUUCUGACAAAAAAAAUGUGUUAAAGUGGAGAAGGUAAUAAAAAAGUGAAGACAAGUCUGAAAUUCUACAAGUGAUGAUUAGAAGUGGAAAUGGAAGGAUGAUAAAUCAUGUAGGAGUGUAUGUGCCACCUAUGACCAAUGCUUGGCAAAAAAGAGCAUGAGGAGAUGUUGGUAGAUGCAUUAAAAGGUCUUGAAAAGAUAGUGAUGGAAAGUAGUGAUAUAGCUUUUGUUGGUGAUUUUAAUUGUAAGGAGAUAAAUUGGGAGACAUUGACAACUACUAAAAGUGAGAAUUCAUGGAGUAAUAGACUAUUAAAUUGGACAGUGAAAAACUUGAUGACUGAAUGGGUUAAUUGUGAUACUAGAUUUAGUGGAAGAGAUAAACCAUCAAGACUUGAUUUAGUGUUUACCAAGGAAAUGGAAAUUAUUGGAACUAUAUGCUAUGAUAGCCCUUUAGGUAAAAGUGGUCAUAUGUUGAUGGAAUUUAAUUUAAAAAAUGAAAAUGUAAUCAUUGAUGGAAAUUAUAAGGUGAAAAGAUUUAGCUAGCUUUGAAAAAUUAAAGUACUUUGUUGCCGUGGACUGGAAAGUCUUUUGAAGAUGCAGAAGAUGUUCAGAAAAAGUGGGAUAAAUUUAUAAGGAUAUACAAUUCUGCCAUGGAGAAAUUUGUACCUAGAGGAGGAGCGAUAUGUAGAAAGGGUAAAGAAUAGUUCAAUACAAAAUGCAAAAAGGUUAGAAAUUGUAAGAAAAUGCUUGGAAUAGAUGGAAGAAGAGGAAAACUGAGAGCAGAUGGGAGGAAUAUAUUAAUGUUAGAAACAAGUACAUUGAGAUAAUAAGAAUGAAGAGAAGAAACUAUGAAAGAGAUAUAAUAGAUAAGUGUAUAAAUGAACCCAAACUAUUCUUUAGACAUAUUAAUGGGAAGAUGAAGAAGAAGGAAGGUGUAUCAAGAUUGAAAGUUGAAGGAAAAAUAUAUGAUGAUGCACAGGACAUGGCAGAGGUUAUGAACAAUAGUUUCAAAUUGGUAUUUACUUUGGAUGCUGGAAGGGAAAAGUUGGUGAGGAAUAUACCAAGUACAGCCCCAGUCAGUUAUGAGGAAAUAUUUAAGAUGAUAGAAGAACUUGAUGUAAAUAAAGCAACUGGUCCAGAUGGAGUUUCAAAAUGGAUAUUGAAGGAAUGUAGAGAACAACUGACUGAUAAAAUUCACAGUUUAUUGGUGACAUCAGUAUCACAGGAAAGAGUACCAAAAGAUUGGAAAAGAGCAUAUGUUACACCAAUAUUCAAAGGAGGAAAUAAGGAAAACACACUAAAUUAUAGAUCAGUGUCCUUGUCUAGUGUUGUAGGAAAACUAUGUGAAAGAACAAUAAAGGAAAAAUGGAUGGAACAUUUGGAAAGAGAUAAAAUUUUGGUAAAUUGUCAAUUUGGAUUUAGGAGGGGAAGAUCAUGCUCCAUGAACUCAUUGUACUUUUAUUCAUGGGUAGUUGACAUUGUGCAGGAGAGAGAUGGAUGGGUGGAUGGUGUUUACUUAGACUUGAAGAAAGCAUUUGACAAAGUACCACACUGAAGAUUGCUAUGGAAGAAGACUGCUGGAGUGGAUGGAGGAUUAUUUGGAUGAUACUGUAAUACAAGACCAGAAUUCAUCUUGGCUGAAUGUAACUAGUGGUGUCACACAGGGGUCAGUGUUGGGACUGAUAAUGUUUGCAAUGUAUGUGAAUGGCAUAAAUGAAGAAAUAGAUAGUAAUAUGAACUUAUUUGCAGAUGAUGCUAAGCUGAUGAGAAGGGUAAAAAAUGUAAAUGACCGUGUAGUACUGCAAGAAUGAUAGAUGGAGUAAAUCUUGGCAAAUGGAAUUCAAUUUAAGUAAAUGUAAAGUAAUGGAGUUUGGUAAGAGUAAGAAAAGAAUACAAUAUCAUUAUGAGAUGGAUGGUAUGAAGUUAAAAAAGUAAAAAGAGGAAGAGGAUUUGGGAGUAACAGUUACUGAAAAUUUGACUCUGGACAGACACAUUUAUAAAAAUUACUGGAGAGACAAUGAAUUUGUGAAAAGAGUAAAAAUAGCAUUCUCAUAUUUGGAUGAAGGAAUGAUAAAAAAAAAGUUGUUGAUUUCCAUGAUAAGACCAAGAUUGGAAUAUGUGGCAGUGGUUUGGUUUCCUCAUACAAAGAGGAAUAUUAUAAAAUUAGAAAGAGUACAAAGUGCAGUCACUAAGAUGUUUCUGAAGUUGAGUAAGUCAACCUAUGAAGAGAGAUAUUAAAAAUAUUGGAAAUUUCUACUUUUGAAAAUAGGAGAGAGAGAGAGAGAGAGAGAUUUAAUAAACAUCUAUAGAAUGAUAAAUGGUAUGGAAAAUGUGGACAAAGAAUGUUUUAUAAAUUUAGACACAUAGAGUACAAGGGGGGGACAGUAAGAAGCUGAAGAAAGUUAACUGUAGAAGAGACAUUAAGAAGUGUAGCUUUCCUCAUGAAGUGUGAACAAAUGGAAUGAAGUCAGUGAAGACGUUGUCAGUGCCGUAACUGUCCAUGCUUUUAAGACCAAACUGGAGAGAUAUAGAGACGGGGUACUAUGAGAUUACUCCCCUGCUGUAAACCACAACUAGGUAAAUACACACACUGGAAACUUCUAUGGGGUUAAGGGAACUUGGCAAGUCAAAUGGAAUGAGGUAUUUCUUGGGAUUUAAAGAAGAGAGAACAUAUAUGAGAAGGAUCAUUAAUGCUGAGAAGGAGUUAAGAGCAAUAAAAGAGUUGAUUGCUGGAAUUUUGGAAAAGCAGGACAAAUUAAUCGAAGACCUUAGAAAAAAAUGUGAAGAGUAUGAUAGUGUUCUAAAGGUAAACAAUGAGAUGAAGAUGAGUUUGGAAAAACUAAAGGGAGAGAAUGCCACACUGAAAGUUAAGUAUAACAAUCUUGGAGUAAUGAUAAAGUGAAAUUAGUUCAGAGGGGAUAAAAAAAGAUAGAAGAAUGACAUGACAAAUUGAAGAAUAGAAUUAUUUCUUAUGUUCUUAUGCUCUUAUGAGUCACUUGUUAAGGUAAUCAAAGAAAAUAAGAACCUUGUAAGAGACAAUGUAGAAAGGUAUAAAUGUGUACUAGUCUUUGGGAAGAAAGAGGAUAAUUUACCACACAAGCUUGAGAGAGAAAGGAUGGAAAGUGUUAAUGUUGUAAAGAAAGUUAAGAGUGAUGGCAGUAACCUGGAAAAUGAAAUUGAGGAAUUCCAGAGGUUGGGAAAAUAUGUACAAGGAAAAACAAGGCCAUUAAAAAUAAAGUUUAAAUCACAGAUAGAUGCUGAAGAAGCCCUGGCAGGGGUGAAUAGGUUGGCAAAAAAGGAAGAGUACAGAAACAUCUGGAUAAAGAAAAACCUUGAUGAGGAGGAAAGGGCAAAAGUGAAUGAACUGUGGUCAGAGGCAAAGACAAAAAAAUGAGGAAAGAUCAGAAAAAGAGGGAAAAAAAAUCUUCUACAGAAAAGUGAUGAAAUGAAAAUAAGAAAAUGGGACAUAAAAACCAGGGUGGAGGUAAGUGUAAACUAAAAGUGACAUAAACAAAUGUGAAUGGACUGAUCACUGUAAAUACUGAAUUAAACAAGUACUUCAGAAGAAAUUGACCUGAUGUUGUGGGGCUAACAGAGAUAAAACUGGAUAAAUCCAUUGAGUGCUUAAACAUAGGUGAUGAAAAAUAUGAUGUUUGGAAAAAGUUGGGAAUAAACAAACAAGGAGAUGUUAUGAUUUUAAAACAUAGGUGAUGAAAAAUAUGAUGUUUGGAAAAAGUUGGGAAUAAACAAACAAGGAGAUGUUAUGAUUUUAACCUAGAAAGACCUACCUACAUGUGGAUGAAGUAGUUUAUGGAAGCAGUAAAGUUGAAUUGAUUAAAGUGGGGAUUCGGAACAAGGGUAAAGCCAUGAGGAACUUUACACUGAUAUACGAGUAUGUACCCCCAAGGACAAGGUCGUGGAACAAUGAAGAACACGAGGAAAUAAAAAAAAGAAACGUUAUCAAAUAUGGAGGAACUUAUAAGCCGCUGCAAAAAACCUGACCAUCAUGGGUGACUUCAGUUGUAAAGAAGUAAAUUGGGAGGAGUGGACAAGUAAUGUGAUGAAUCAUGGGGGAGUGAAAUGAUUAAGUUAGCCAUGGAAAACACUUUAACACAAUGGACUACAACUUGUAUGAGAUUUAGGGAUGAUGACCUACCAUCAAGACUGGACUUGGUUCUCAUGAAAGACCCCAAAAUUAUAGAAAGUGUCACCUAUAACUCCCCCUUAGGCAAGAGUGAUCACAUGCUAGUUGAACUCCAAAUAACAGAGACCUUAAAGUGUCUGAGAGAAGAGAGUUACAAGAUUGGAAGACUGAACUAUAGUAGGGCAGACUAUAAAGCCAUGAAACAAUAUUUUACACAGGCUGAUUGGACCACCUUUGACAUGACCAAUAACAUCAGUGAAAAGUGGGACAUUCCUUAACACUUAUAAUGACAGUGUCAGACAAUACAUGCCAAAAGUGAGCAGGAGAAAAAUUAGGAAAAGUGACUGGUUUGACAAGAGGUGUAUGGAAGCAAAAAGUAAGAGAGACUGGAUGUGAAAUAAAUGGAGAAGGAAAAGAAGGCCAGAACUAUGGAAAAACUACAUGAAGGCCGGAAAUGAGUAUUUGUCACACAACCUGUUUCAUAUGACUUAGGAAUAGAGUCCUGGGACUCAUCCCUGAUCACAGAAAUUAAAGACCCCCUUAAAAAUCCUCCAUAGUACGUAUGGAGAGAGGGGGGGUGUAUAAAGAAAAUGGGUUGCAUACCCCCCCUCCCUCCACUCACCCACCACACACUAGGGCUGCUCCAUUCUCUUUUCUGUGACAAGAGUGAGAGGACGUGUGUUCCCUGAUUGCUUCUCGUGCUGGCUUUGUCUUAGGGCUACAAGGACGGGUGCCAUGGACGGAGUUACAUCAGCCACGGACUCUAUGCCUCCUCUACAUAGCAGGAGGAUCUGCAAUGGCAAAGGCUGUACAAGGAAGAUAAGUAGUGAAACCUUGGAUCCUCAUAACAUCUGUGUUAAGUGCAGGGAUGGGGCAUGUACCCCUGCCAACAGGUGUGAUGAAUGUAAGGAUUGGGAGGUAGACACCUUGCUUAAGGCCUUCAAGCACCAACGCAUCCUAGAAGCGAAAUGUAAGUCUUAUAGUAAGAAACGUACUUCUUUACAUCACUCGUCAUCAUCCUCCCUCAGGAAACCAGAACCUGGGGGUUUGGUACAAAUGACUGAACUACCGGAGGGCUCUGUUCUCUCAGCCCAUUCCAGUGUGGACCCUGGCCCUUCAGCCUCACACGUAGAGUCAUCCAUCGGCUGUUUUGCAGACACAGUUAUCUAAUGUGCUAAGUGUAAUGCCUCAGUUUGCUAACUUCCUGGAUGUGUCUGACACUGACAAACACAUGUGUCUGAAAGACAUAGUUAAGGAGGUCGUUAAGGAGACAAUAGUUAGGGAGCUUCCUAACUUCCUUUCAGUUUCAGCAGCCCCCCACUGUCAAUUGAGGUCACAUCCUUUGCCCCACCCCACCCCAGCUUAUUGAUAUGAGACAAGUCGGAUUGGCCGGUGAGGGACAGUUGACAGUGGGUGCUCCCAGGAAUCCCUCACUUAGUGUAGUUAGCUUAGGGGUACAGGGGACAGGAAACCAGCACGAAGGCAUCCCACAGGAUGUGUCAGUUCCCCUGGCUAUUCGUGCGAACAGGAGCCCUCUGACACAGGAUCAAGCCUGCUCUCCCAACAAGAGGUCCAGAAGGGAGCCUAAGGACUUAGGAGGAUGAGUUAAACGUUCAUGACAUGACCGUUUAUCUCAUAGUGAGCGGGCAAGGGGUCUGACUGAGGUUGCUCCCACAGUCUCUGUCACCCAUGUGCCUCUCCCCUACUGUUUACCUCAUAACAAGGGGUCAAGAAGUGUUACUGAGGUUGCCCUCAUGGUCCCUGUUACCCAUGCACCUCAACACUACCCUUCUGUAAGGAGACACACUUUGGCUGACAAGAAAUCCACAGUCUUGGAAGAGGCUGGGGCUGAUGCCCAUGGUUCAGUAGCUUUGCACCAGAUGAAGACUAAUGAACCACAUCCCCUGAACUCUCCAGGGAGUUCCUUGGAAGACAAAUUUUAUGCUCCACAAGAACUUUGCAUCCCUCUGCAGAACACCUACGAAGAUUCAUGUGAAUCAUCACUGGGGGAGGAGGAACAGCAUACGGAGGCCGAAUCUUCAGACUUCCUAAAAUUGGUGAACUUCGUUUACAGCCAAUUUGAAGAGUCCAAAGGUGUUCGGGAGGAUUAUCGCGAGCGAUCUCCAGGAUCAGGUCAAGAAGAUAUCGUACAAUGGAAGGGAAAAGAUUCUUUCACAACCUUUCGCUGGUCGCAACCACUAAUGAAUUCAGUCAGAUUCGUAGAUAGGUGGGUCUCAGAUCGUUUACAUGGUGGGAGCUCGGCCACACUUCCUUAUACGCGAAGACUGAAGAAAUGGUAUGAAGUCAGCGAUGAUGCACAGAGGGGAAAGGGUUCUGUGGUGAACCCAUCCUUAGCUCACUUCCUUCCCAGGAAUGCCUCAGAUCUUCGUCCUUCGCUGUCUGGCACCGACAUCCUCCACUUAAAGGAAGCUGUGCAGGAGGUACGGGAAAUUCAGAACCUCCAAUUCUGGAUAUUCGGGGCUUUCUCAAGACUGGCUAAAUUGGGAGAAGCUGUCCCAAACAAGGACGCGCUGAUGGUACAGGUGGUCGCUAGUAUGCAGCAGGCAAUGCAGAGUGCUACAUGGGAGACCACGAUGGUGUUCUCUAACUUAAUGACGAUCAGGAGGCAAGUGGUUUUGAAAACCCUACCCUCAUCCUUCUCUGUCUCAGACAAACGGAUUCUACUUGAGUCAUCAGUAGACUCCCCAUUCCUCUUUGAGGAAGAUAAGGUGGCUCAAGCAAGAAAGCACUCAUAUGCGAAGGCCACUAAAUCCUUUCAAGAGGCCGCUGCAGCUGCACUAAAGAAGAGACACCAACAAGCUGAGUCCCCUUUAAGUAGUCACCCAGCGAAUAAACCAUCCACCUCAAGUUAUCAACAACCACAACAGCAGGUCUCUAACUUCAAGAAACUAAGCCUCCCUGUCUCAUCUAACAACUCACAAAGGGGGUGGCAGAACACAGUGGGCCUGAGCAAGUCAGGUUUUCGCAAAUAAGAGCCUCUCCCCUUGACCUCACAGGUAGCAGCGCGUCUCACACAAAGUUGGGAAGUAUAGCAGGAGAAAGGAGCAGGACUAUGGGUAGUGGAAGUACUCAGAGAAGGCUAUCACAUCCCUUUCACCAGUCAUCCACCACUUUCAGAUUUCCCAAUACACUUUGGGAGUUAUUCUCCCAACUCAGUGAGAGGAAGAGCCCUGAAGGAGGAGAUACAGUCUCUCUUGAGAAAGGGAGCAGUGGGGUCGGCGUCCUCUGGUCUGGGGUUCUACAGCCGCAUCUUUGUGGUGCCCAAAACUAUAGGUGGGUUUCAUCCAGGAAUAGACCUUUCGGUUCUUAAUCGGUCCAUCCACAAGACAAAGUUUCGAAUGGAGACAAGUACAUCAGUGAUGUCAGCAGUGCAAAGAGGAGACUUGAUGUUGUUUGUUGAUCUUCAAGACACCUAUCUUCAGAUUCCUGUCCAUCAGGAAAGCAGGAAAUUUCUUCACUUUGUCUGGGAGAUCAAACAUUUAAUUUCAAAGUUCUAUGUUUCGGACUGUCAACAGCGCCUCAGGUCUUAACGAGAGUGAUGGGUCUAGUUUCAGCAGCUUUACACCAGCAAGGGAUAUGAUUGAUCUGUUACCUAGACAACUGGCUUCUACUGGUGGACUCCAGUCAGGAGGCAAGAAGGUCAGGGGAAAAGCUCCUGAGUUUGUGCAAGACUCUCAACAUAACCAUCAAUUGGAACCAGUCAGAUUUAGAAUCAAAGCAGGUUACAACUUUUUUGGGAAUGGAAAUCCAUUCAAUGAUUUUGAGGGUUUUUCCCUCACAAGACAGAGUAUCCAGAUUGUUGGAGACCAUAGAGAACUUCAUGAGCUGGUCCUGCCCACCAGCACAGGAAUGGCUAGUCCUGCUCAGCCAUCUUUCGUCACUAGCUCAACUAGUCCCAGGAGGUCGACGCAGGAUGAGAAGCCUCCAGUUCCAGUUGUCCAACCACUGGGACAGAAGGGUGGCAAACAGCUCUCAUUCAGUACCAACGUAUGAAUCUGUUCCGAGGCCACUCACUGGAGAUAGAGAACCCGGAGUUGUUCCUAUAUACAGACACAUCACUAGAAAGUUGGGGAGCGUCCAUUCUGGAAGCAAAGGCGAGUGGCAGUUGGUCGCUACAGGAGCAAAGAGAACAUAUCACACUUCUAGAACUAAGAGCAAUAAGAUUGGGACUUCAAGCAUUCGAAGACAAUCUGCAAGGAUGGACAAUAGCCAUUUUUUCAGACACCACGGCUGUGUCAUACAUCAAGAAAGCAGGAGGCACAAAGUCUGCCAAGCUCAACCACAAAGCCUAACGAACACUACAGUGGGUGGAGGACAAGGAUGUGACCAUCCUUACUCAAUUUGUAAGGGGAGAGAGCAACAUACGUAAUGGCGGACUGUCUCAGCAGAAAGAAUCAGACCAUCUCCACAGAGUGGGUGCUGCAUCAGCAGGUGUGCGUCAUCCUGUGGAAACUUUGGGGUCACCCACUAGUGGAUCUGUUUACCACACGUCUGAACUACAGGCUCCCCGACUUUGUGUCAUCUUUUCACGACCCAAUGGCGGUGGCCAUGGAUGCAUUUCUUUUUCCCUGGGACCACAAGGAACUGUAUGCCUUUCCCUACUUCCAUGUCAUCAGGAAGUUGAUCAACAAACUUCUCAGUUCGAAGGGGGUCAAACUAGUUCUGAUAGCCCCUUCUGGCCUCAGAGAGAGUGGUUCACAGACCUGGUGGAGUUAUCCAUCGACACUCCAAGGAGGCUUCCCUUCAGGAAAGACCUUCUCCAUCAGUCCCACUUCCACAGGUUCCACCACAAUCUCCACGUGCUUCAACUAGUAGGGUGGAGACUAUCGAGCGACUUCUCCGAUUUUGGGGCUAUUUCAGAAGGUUGGCGAAGACAGUGGCGAAAUCUAGACGAAAUUCCACUAUUGUGAACUACCAACAUAAAUGGAACAAAUUCAGGCAAUGGUGUCGCAGAACAGGCUACUUGACCUUGCAUCCUUCCAGCCAGAGGUUGGCAGAUUUCCUCCUUUACUUACACGAGUCUUACCACUUGUCUGUCUCAGCCAUUAAGGGCUAUAAAGCCAUGCUCAGUAGUUUUCUCUUUGAAAGGCUUAAACCCGUCAGAUGACCCAGUUCUGAGGAAUCUCUUAAGGUCAUUCAAGAUCCAUGCCCCCAAAAGGAUCAUCAGUCCACCAUCCUGUUAUCUGGAUGUGGUUCUGAAGGCUCUUUCGUUGGCACCUUUUGAGCCCCUGAGGACCACAUCAUUUAAGGAACCUCAUCAAGAAGGCUCUUUUCCUUGUUUCAUUAGUGACCGCUAAGAGAGUCAGCGAAUUACAGGCCUUGUCCCACAGGAUAAUUCGGCAGGCUGAUGACCUGCUACUCUUUUACUUGCCAGAAUUCGUAGCAAAGACAGAAACGAUCUCAAACCCCCUUCCUAGAGAGUUCCGGAUUAAGAGCCUGGCAGUCAUUGUGGGAUGGGAUGAUGAAGAGCGAGUCUUAUGCCCGGUCAGAGCUUUACGCAUCUUAUCGGUGAGAAUGAAGGAAGUAACAUCCAGACCUAGGAACCUCUUUGUUUUCCCCUCAGACAGAUCCAAGCCACUUUCAAGGAAUGCCUUAUCUUACCUCUUAAAGGAAACUAUUCUAGAGGCUCAUCACUUUGCAUGAUGCCCUUGAGAGUGAGGGCACACGACAUUGAAGGUGUCGCCACUUCUCUCAGCCUAUGGUGUAACAAAUCCGUGACGGUGAUACUGAAUGCGGUUUCAUGGAAAACCCCUUCAGUGUUCGCCAAACACUACCUUCAGGAUGUUGAGCGAACAGACGACAACACAUUUUCUCUUGGCCCAAUAGUUGCAGCAAGCGACAUUGUCGACUAAGGAGGAACUGCACUUAACCAUACUCAACCAGAAUUAUGUGAUGAGAGCACACUUACGUACAUAGCCUUGCCAUGCACCUCCUAUUUCCAGGCACCCCAAGACACACUGUAAGUAUUGGGGGGCUCAUCUGGUCUCUACUAGAAGACAUCCAGGUUCUUUAACUCUGGUUAGGUUUCUAUGUUUAGCGGUUUCUUUUAGAACAUACACCCUCCACCAGUAAAUGUGGGAAUCUUCCUAAGUCAUGAAUGAAACAGGUUUUGCGACAAAUUAUUUUUCAGGUAUAAAAAACAUUUUUGCAUACUUACCUGUUUCAUAUGAUUCAAACCCACCCUCCUCCCCUCUGCAUGUUUUUUCCUGAGCAGAAAAGAAAUGGAGCAGCCCCGGCGCGCAGUGGGUGGGUGGAGGGAGGAGGUACGCAACUCAUUUUCUUCAUACCCCUCCCUCCCUCCAUACAUACUAUGGAGGGUUUUUAAGGGGGUCUUUAAUUUCUGCGAUCAGGGACGAGUCCCAGGACUCUAUUCCUAUUCCUAAGUCAUGUGAAACAGGUAAAUAUGCAAAAAUAUUUUUUAUACUUGAAAAAUAAUAUUCAAUUAUGUACAGAGUUGAGUUAAGAAGAAACUAUGAGAAGGAUAUAGUGGCGAAGUGUAAGGACCAGCCAAAAUUAUUUUACCGAUUCAUAAACAGUAAACUAAAAAACAAAGAAGGGAUAAGCAAGCAUGGGAAGUGAAAGAACUGAUGCAAAAAUGGUAGAGGUCAUGAAUGACAUUUUUCAGAAAGUUUUCACCAAGGAAGAUGACUUCAACAAUCAAGAGGAAAUGAUCCAAAUAUCUAUCAAAGUUAAGUUACUGAGUGGGUUAGAUGCAAGGAAGGCACAUGGACUAGAUGGAGUGUCAACUUGGAUGUUUAAAGAAUGCAGCAGUGAGCUAAGCACUAAAAUACACAAGUAUCAUUAAUUGUUCACUGAGGGAAAGUUGAGUCCCUGAAGACUGGAGGAGAUCAGAUAUUGUUCCAAUAUACAAAGAAGACAAGAGAGAGGAUCUGAUGAAUUAUAGACUUAUAUCAUUGACAAGUAUGGUGCCUAAUAUCUGUGAAAGGACAGUUAAAGACAAGUGGAUGGAAUAUCUGGAGACCAAGAACAUAUUAAGUGACAAACAGUUUGGCUUUCGAAAGGGAUGCUCAUGUGCAACUAACUUGGUGUGCUUUUAUUCAAGAGUUAUUGAUAUAAUACAAGAAAGAGAGGGAUGGGCAGAUUGCAUUUAUUAAGAUCUGAAGAAAGCCUUUGACAAAGUUCCACACAAGAGACUAGUGACACUGGAAAAUUCGAGAAUUUGGUGCUGUGGGAGGAAAAUUAUUGGCAUGGAUGGAGGACUUCCUAAAGGACAGAGAUGAUGACGGUUUUAAAAUGAAACAUCUACAUUCAAAACUGUUUACAAUGGAGUUCCUCAGGGAUCAGUUCUAGCUUUGAUUAUGUUUGCUAUAUACAUAAGUGAUAUGGUUGAAGAAAUAGGAAAUUAUACAAGUCCAUUUAUUUAAGAUGUGAAGAUCAUAAAGGAAGUGAAGAAUAAGGAGGACUUGAAUAAGAUAUAUGGCAUUUAAUACAAGAAUUUUUAUUUAUUCAUUUAUUUAUUUAUUUAUUUUUUUUUUUUUCAUGUAGGAGGGACACUGGCCAAGGGCAACAAAAUCCAGUAAAAAAAAAAGAGCCCACUGAGAUGCCAGUCCAAUAAAAGGGUCCAAAGCAGUAGUCAAAAAUUGAAGGAUAAGUAUCUUGAAACCUCCCUCUUAAAGGAAUUCAAGUCAUAGGAAGGUGGAAAUACAAAAGCUGGCAGGGAGUUCCAGAGUUUACCAGAGAAAGGGAUGAAUGAUUGAGAAGACUGGUUAACUCUUGCAUUACGGAGGUGGAUAGAAUAGGGGUAAGAGAAAGAAGAAAGUCUUGUGCAGCAAGGCUGUGGGAGGAGAGGAGGCAUGCAAUUACCAAGAUCAGAAAAGCAGUUUGCAUGAAAAUAGUGGUAGAAGACAGCUAGAGAUGCAACAUUGCAGCAAUGAGAGAGAGGCUGAAGACAGUCAGUUAGAGGAGAGGAGUUGAUGAGAUGAAAAGCUUUUGAUUCCACCCUAUCUAGAAACAGUAUAAGUGGAACCCCUCUCGACAUGUGAAGCAUAUUCCAUACGUGGACAGAUAAGGCCCUUGUACAUAGCAGCUGGAGGGUGAGAAAAACUGGCAGAGACGUCUCAGAAUGCCUAACUUCACAGAAGCUGUUUUAGCUAGAGAUGUGAAGUUUCCAGUUCAGAUUAUAAGUAAAGGAAAGACCAAGGAUGUUCAGUGUAGAAGAGGGGGACAGUAUGAGUGUCAUUGAAGAAAAGGGAAUAGUUGUCUGGAAGAUUGUGUUGAGUUGAUAGAUGGAGAAAUUGAGUUUUUGAGGCAUUGAACAAUACCAAGUUUGCUCUCCCCCAAUCACAAAUUUUUAGAAAGAUCUGAAGUCAAGCAUUCUGCGGCUUCCCUGUGUAAAAUGUUUACUUUCUGAAGUGUUGGACAUAUAUGAAAAGACGUGAAAAAGUGCAGGGUGGUAUCAUCAGCAUAGGAGUGGAUAGGACAAGAAGCAGUAGUCAUUCUAAGUAAAAUCAGCAAAAUAACUCCUCAGGUCCCCCCAACUAGUAGAGGGAAAACACCAGAGGCACCUUUGCUUAGGGGGAUCCUGAGGUGGGAUUGGAGCGAUAGGAAAAGAUACAGAUAUGAGAUUGUGAUCGGAGGAGCCCAACAGAGAAAAGAGGGUGACAGCAUAAGCAGAAGGAUUAGAGGUCAGGAAAAGGUCAAGAAUGUUGGGCAUAUCUCCAUAUUGGAGCUUGGAAAAAGCAAAAAUAGACCUGUUGGAACUUAUGAGCUGGGAGAAGCAAAAAUCCAGAAAAGGAACAUUGAGAAAGAUCUUGAGGAUGGGGUAAUGGAUAUUUCACUAGGAAACUUACAAUCUUCUUAAGAACAUAAGAGUAGCAUUUUCAUACAUUGACGAGGAUAUGAUGAUUAUUAUAACUAUGAUAUAUCCAGAUUUAGAAUACACAGCAGUGGUUUGGUGACUGAGUCUGAAGAAGGACAUUAAAAAGCUGGAGAGGAUGCAAUGAGCUGCAAUAAAUAUGUUCCCAAGUUUGACAGACCUCCCUUAUGAGGAGAAAUUGUUAAGACUGGGCCUAAUGUCUCUGGAGCAGAGGAGAACAAGAGAGGAUUUGAUUGCAAUGUUUCGAUUGAUGAAAGGAUUGGAGAAAGUUGAUAGAGAGGACCUGAUAGUGUGGGAUGAGCGAAUCACGGGGUAGCACAGGAAAAAAUUGAAGAAAGGCAUAUACAAGAGGGACAUCAAGAAGCACAGUUUUCCAUAUAGAACUGUUGAAGUUUGGAAUGCGUUGGACAGAGAGGUGGUCAAAGUAACAACGAUACAUCAUUUCAAGAUGAAACUGGAUAAAUUUUGGGUUAGAGACAACACGAGCAUAGCUCCCUUCCCGUAUGUCACAACUAGGUAAACACACACACACACACACACACACACACACACACACACACAAACACACACAAGAGUAGUGCUGUGAUUGUUGAGAACCAGGAUUUAAAGAAGUAUGUUGAGUUCGAAAAGAAAUUUUUUGACCUGCCAGCAAAGGUGUGAGAGAAUGAGAAACUCAAAGCCAAUGAGGAGACAGUCAGGGUUCUGCAUGAAAAUAAGACUGAGCUUGAAAAGGCUUAUGAACAAAAAUGUGUUGAAUUCAAGAUCAUGGAGGAACAAGUAAAAGAAGCAGUGGCCAAAACUGUGCUUAAGGUAAUUAAGGAGAAGGAGAAAAGGGACACAGUUGAAGGGAAAAAAUGUGUAAUUGCUUUUGGACUAAAGAAGAGAGUGGCACCAAAGAAACAUGAGAGGGAGAAACAGGAAAAGGAGACUACUGAGAAAUUACUUGGAGAGAUGCAAGAGAAAGGAAAUAAGUGGAUGAAGAAAUUGACAGUGCACAGAAUUGGUAAAUAUGUGGAAGAAGGACACUGCCCAUUAGAGAUAAGAUUCAGGUCACAAGCUGCAGCAAAAGAAAUGUUGGCCAGGACAUGGAAACUGGCAAGAAUAGAUCAAUACAGGAAUGUCUAGGUGAAAAGAGACAUAAAUUAACAAGAGCUAAGAUAAAUGAAUUGUUGAAUGAAGCCAAAGAAAAAUGCAACCAGAACAGAGACAGAGAAAAAGGAGUUUUACUGGAGAGCCAUAGACAUGAAGAUAAGGAAGUGAUAUGUGAAGGAGGGAGGUAGGGGAAGCAAAAACUAAAAGUUGUACACAAAUGCGAAUGGGGUGACAUCUGCAUUACUAGAGUUAAAUGAUUAUUUAGAAAAACAAACCUGGUAUUAUGGGAAUCACAGAGGCCAAAUUAAGUGAUAAAUUUGUGAAUCUCAACAUAGGUGGUGGAAGAUACAAUAUAUGGAAGAGAAAUAUAAAAUAUAAACAAGGAGAAGUGAUAAUGUUAGUGAAGAAGAACCUAGUGGUUGAUGAGGUGAUAUAUGGUGAAGGCAGCACAGAGAUUUUGAGGGUGGAGAUAAAAAAGGAGAGGAGGAGGGAAGAGAGACUAUGCAGUGGUAUACGUUCCACCAAAAAUGAAACCAUGGAGUGCUGAGGAUUAUGGAAAAAUGUUAAUGGAUACACUGUGUACAUAUGGAAAGUUUGAUUGCAAAGAGUGACAACAUAAUCCUAAUGGUGGAUUCAGCUGUAAGGAGGUGUGUUAGGAGGACUGGUCAAUAGAAGGAAAUUAAUUGUCAUGGGGAAACAGGUUGCUGAAAAUAGUAAUGGAUAAUGUUCUAACACAGUGGGUGAAGGAAAAUACCAGAUUCAGAACAAAUGAAGAACCCUCAAGAUUGGAUUUAUUGUUCACAAAUGAACCAUGGAUUUAUUGUUCACAAAUGAACCAGAAAUUAUUGUUAUUGAAGACCUCAACUACAGGACUUUGAUAGGGAAGAGUGACCACAUUUUACUUGAGUUUUUUUAUAGAAGAGGAAAUGGAAGAAGGAAAGAAAGAGGACUAUAGAAAAGGCAGGCAGAACUAUAGUAAAACAAAUUUCACUGAAUUAAGGAAAUACUUCGAGAAGAUUGACUGGAGUAAAUUUGAUGAAGCAAAAGGGGUGGAGGAGAUAUAUAAUAAAGGAAUAGAGAGAUGUGUGCCAAAGACAUCUGCCAUAGGAUUUAGAGUAAAUGACUGGUUUAAUAGAAGAUGGGAGAAGAUGAGAAUGGAAAUAGAAAGAGCAUGGAAUAGAUGGAGGAGAAAUAAAAAGAAGUGACCAGUGGAAUAAAUAUGUGGACGAGAGGAAUAAAUAUAUACUAAUAAGCUGGGAGGAGAAAAGAAAUUAUGAAAAGAAUAUUGUAAAUAAUGCAAAGACCAAUCAAAAUUAUUUUACUGAUAUGUGAAUGGGAGGUUAAACAACAAAGUUGGAAUGAAUAAACUACAAGUUGAUGGAGUGGUGUAUGAAGAGACAGGAAGAAUAGCUAAAGUGAUGAAUAACUAUUUCCAGAAGGUUUUUACAAGAGAGAGUGGUUUCCAGGAGCAGGAGGAUGAAGAGAUGAUUGAUGCAGGGUUGAAUGAAUUAAAUGUUGCAGUGCAGGAGGUGAAAAAGAUAAUGGAGGACCAAGAUGUAAGGAAAGCAACAGGCCCAUACAGAGUAUCUAAUUGGAUGUCAGGAGUGUAGUUAGCAGUUGGCUGAAAAGAUCCACAGAAUCAUAAUACAUUCAUUAAAAGAGGGAAAGGUCCCAAUGGACUGGUAAAGAGCAGAUACAAUGCUAGUUUUCAAGGAUAGAAAUAAGGAUGACCCUUCAAACUACAAACCAGGGUCAUUAACAAGUGUGGUGGCUAAGAUAUGUGAAAUAGUUAUAAAAGACAAAUGGCUCAAGUAUUUGGAAAAAAACAAUAUGAUACAAACAGACAAUUUAGUUUUGAAGAAGAUUGUGUACUACAAAUCUGUUGAGUUUCUGUUCAUGAGUUAUAGACAUUGUGCAGGAGAGAGAUGGAUGGGCAGACUGUAUUUAUUUGGACUUCAAAAAACAUUUGACAAAGUAAUGCAUAGGAGGUUGUUAUGAAAGCUGAAGAUUUUUGGAGCAUUGCAAGAAGGGCUACUAAAGUGGAUGGAGAACUUCUUGGAAGGUAGUGAGAUGAGGACAGUAAUUAAGGAUCAAAGGGCAGCCUGGAAGAAAGUUUUAAGUGGGGUUCUGUGUUGGCAACAGUAAUGUUUGUUAUGUACAUUAAUGAUAUGCCUGAAGAAAUAACCAGCUACAUUAGCUCAUUUGCAGAUAAUACAAAAUUACUGAGAAAAAUAGAAAAAGGGAAGAUUGCGUGGCACUCCCAAAGGGACCUUAACAAGAUCUGGGAGUGGAGCCAAAAAGGGGCAGAUGGAGUUUAGUGCAAAGAAAUGCAGUGCAAUAGAAUUUGGCAAGAGAUUAUUCAUUGGCCAAGGAGAGAAUCAGCAAAAGAACAGAAGAAAAAAACCUUGAUGUAAUAAUUAUUGAUAAGCUGUCACCAGAGAAACACAAACAAGAUUAGAGGUGAAAAAUAUAACCCACUGAGAAACAUAUGGACAGCAUUUACAUAUUUGGAUGAAGAAAUGAUAAAAAAAUUAUUGUGACCAUGACUGGAGUAUGCAGCUGUGGUAUGGUCACCUAGUGCCAAAAAAUCUAUAAGAAAAUUGGAAGAGAUGCAAAGAGCAGCAACAAAGUUACCUUCAAGUUUGAGGAUCUAUUGUACAAAGAAAGACUGUCAAAAUUCAGUCUUAUAAUACUGGAGCAGAGAAGAGAGUGAUUUGGUUGCACUGUACAGAGUGAUGACUGGAAUUGAAAACUUAGAUAGGAAGGUCUUGGUGAUGUGGGAUACAAGAGGCUCUGAGGGACACAGCAGAAAAUUGAAAAAAGAUGCUUGUAGAAGAGAUAUUAAGAAAAAUAGCUUCCCACAUAGAACCGUGGAGGUCUGGAAUGAUUUGGACCGAGAAGUCAUUGGUGCAAAUAUGAUAAAUGAAUUUAAGAUAAAGUUAGAUAAAAAUAGAUAUAGAGAUGGGACAGCACAAGCAUAGCUCUUUUCCUGUAUUUCACAACAACACAAACACAUGUCAUAAUACAUGUUCACAGCACACACCUUUCAACCAUAUUCAACAAUUUUUCUUUGCUCCAUAAACAUUACUUUUGUAUCCCAACACUCUUCACACCUUUCUAACAUCCUAUUCUCCUAAGCAUGCACAUUAUUUUUCUUCCAUCCUCUCUACCUACCUCCACACCUGUUCCUCUGACACCUCAUAGCCAUUACAUUCACUCUUCUGCCCUGCUCCCAUGGUCCAUAUUUUAUCAUACAGUGCUGUCAGUACCAUUACCCUCAUACAACCUUUUAUUUUCCUUCAUUCUAAGCGACCCACAUCCAAAAAACUGCACUCUUCAUUCCUCCCCACAUCUUUCUUGCCUCAUUCAUUUUAAACUUCACAUCUUUUUUAUUUCAUCUGUAGCAACAUGAAUUACAUGCUACUUGAAACAGCCUACUUUCUCAAGCAACAUGUCACUUAAACUUACAUUCAUUCACCCAUCAUCUGCCUUCCUCAUGCACUCCACUCCUUAACUUUUUGUCUCAUUCCCUCAAGUCACACACUCUUCCAACUCCUUCACCAGCUAUUUCUCUCUGAAUCAGCUGUCAGUGCAGCAUCACUUGCAAACAGCAACUAAUUCAGACCCCACUUUUUAUCAUCAGUAUUUUCCAGAACCCAACCUAUACCUGAUAUUCUUGUAUUCAUCCUUUUUUUGUACAUCACUUAUAAAAUAAUAGACAACUAAGGAAACAUCACAUAUCCUGGAUGCAGCCCUAAUCAAACAAGAACUCUCACAACAUGAAACACAUGGUCUACGAUUUACAUAAAAUUUUUUCUCUUCAUUUAACAAGCUGCUACCCAGCCCAUACAGUCUCAAAACUGUUCAUAACCCUAUCCUAUCUAUUCUUGAUUACACUUUCUGUAUAUCCAUGAAUGAUCAAAAUACAUACAGUACUUAUUUUUUGCUAAAUAUUUUUCAUACCCAUAUUGAUACUUGGUAUAUAAGAUUAGUUUGAUAGAUAAGUGCAGAUAGCCAUACAGCUUUGUAAUUGGCUAUCAGUUAACAAGGGCUAAUUGACUUGAAUUGAGAUUUUAAGAAUUAGUUUUUCUUAACAUUUUAGUAAAAAUGUCAGUGCUCUUUUGAGUAACAUCUGAUAACAAGUACAUUUUUUUUUUUUGUUUCUAAGACUAUGUUAACUAUACUGAAUGCAUAGUUAACUGUAUGAAGGUUUUGAUUUAGUAUGUUAGUUACCUUCUUUUUCUCUUUUUGUCAAGAAUAAAGUAUGCGAUAAUGUAAAUUUCUUGCUACAAAAAAAAAAUAAUAUUUUACUCAUAUUAUGCUGAUCAUAAAACUAUCCCCACCCUGCAAUUAGUGAAAAAAUCAAUGUACCUUAAAUAUAAAAUUCUCAUAGAUACCUUAACAUUAUGAAGUACACAUGUAUUUGUUGGCAGGAAUGUUUGACAAUGUUCCAUGUUCUGGGCAAUAAGUGUUUGAGGUGUGGCUCCUACAACACAGUGCGGGCUAAAGGAGGUCUGUGCCGUCGAGAGAAAG